UUUUUUUUCGCGAAGAAAUUUCUGCCGAGACAAAUUUUCCUUCGAAAUCCGUUGAUUUCGUCGAUAAAAAUGAAGAUUAACCAGAGACCCAUGUAAAUCCUGAUUGUAUGCUCUAACUCGCGAUUAAAUUACCGGUAUACACGAUGACCACCGCGUUGGAAAAUUUUAUCACGAUCACUCAUCGUGACUUUAAUUGGCCGUAUCCUGUACCUCUUAUUACGAAACCGGCACAACCACCGAAGAGUACGGGAAUUCGAUUAUACACCCCUAGAAUCGAUCCCGAGGAUUGUUCGUGCGACGAACAUGGCCAACAGAGUAAUAAGGAUAGAUACAAAUACCUGGCUGACAAGGAACGACAAUUUCUGGACCAACUGAAGAAAGUGAACAGUGAAAUGACGAAUCUCACGAAGGCUAUGCUAGACGCUAACUGCGAGCCAAUGGACGAGACGAUGAAGAGUAUUUAUAAAACGGAUUACGCGAAGAGAGGAUUGCCUAUCAAAGUGUACAGACAACUACAGGCUGCGGUCGACUCAUCGUACUGUUCACCUUUUCCGGCGGAAGUUACGAAAAUAAAGGAGGGUUACAGAGAUCCAACGAGAUUUCGAUACACCGCCAUCGAAAGACCGCAUAUUCAGCCAGCCAAAACGAUUAAUUUGUUCCAAGUUCCAGAAUCUUUCUCUAUGUGGGAGACACCUUUCACCGGUCGCUCGGAAUACAUGGAUACUAUCAGCAAGAUGGGUCUCAGUAACAUAAAAAAUCGACAACAAUAUCUGGAACCGCUACCUUCGUCAAGAAGAAGAUUUGGGGACUGUAAAUUAUAAAUUCGAAUGAUAAAAAUUUCUCUCAUCGACCAGACACUAUCGAUUUCUCAAAUAUUUUAU